CUUAAAGGAACCGGAAGUUUUGAUGUGAGCGGGGUUACCAAUGAAAACAUUUUUAGAUUGAAAAGAUGUUCAUCUUUAAACUAGUGCAUCUUUGUGUUUUUGUCCACAUUGUUUACGCAAAUCAUGGAUCUAUUGAUGAAAAGUUAGGCUAUUAUGAGACCCUUGAAUCAGUUGAUAUUGAAAGUGUUGCUAAGAGAAGCAUUGGUGAUUCACCCCAUAAUACGCAUGUCAAAUUUUCAGCUUUAGGAAGAAAUUUUUCUUUGAAUUUGGAAGUAGCAAAGGGAUUAUUUACGCAAGAUUUCAAAGUGCACUUAGUUAACAGCGAUGGAACCUUUUCAGAUGAACAUCUAGAUACUAACAGCUUUUAUUAUGGAACUUUAGAUGGAGAGGACAAAUCUGAGGUGAAUGCCUUUCUUCAUGAUGGGGUUAUAUCUGCCACAAUAUCUAUCCCUGGCGAGAGUUUCAUUAUUGAGCCAGCAUGGAGGCACAUAGACAGCCUUGUCAGAGCCAGUAGAACAAUGAUGGUUUACAAAGGAAGCGAUGCAAAAUGGCCUAAAGAAAUGGAAGAGGCACAGAAAGGGGGAAAUGGUCCAAAUUUUUGUGGUGCUGCUCAUAUAGAUGGCGAUGAUGGAGAGACAGCAGGAGUCACACAUGCACAUGAUCAUGAUGAAGAUGAACAUGAUAUGCCACACAGCAGAAGAAAAAGAGCAACAGGAAAGAAGAUGUGUAGAUUGAUAGCUGUAGCUGAUUACAAGUUCUAUCAAACUAUUGCUGGCAACGAUAUUUAUGAUGCUGCUAAUUAUAUAGUUGGCAUUAUACAGAAAAUCAAUCUGAUCUACAAACCAACUAACUUUGGACAAGGAGUAGGAUACGGAGUAGAACUAGCUAUGUUGAAAUUACAUGUAGCACCUACGCCUACGACAACCAAUAAACACUACAACAUGGCACAGACAUGGACUAACCCUUAUGAUUUAUUGACUGAAUUUAGCCAAGGUGACAAGUGGAAUGAUUACUGCUUAGCUCAUCUCUUCACCCAUCAAAGUUUUUCUAAUAAUGUCUUAGGUCUAGCUUACAUAGCUAGCUCCAGUGUAUCUAAACUGGGUGGAAUCUGUUCUACAGCUUCAACAAAGAAUGGAAGGCCUAUCUAUUACAAUACAGGUCUAACAACCACAAAGUACACUGGUGGGGGCACAGUAUUGGCUAAACAGUCACAACUGGUUACAGCUCACGAAAUUGGACAUAACUGGGGAAGUGAACAUGAUCCAACAUCUGGGGACUGUGCUCCAUCAUCAUACUUUCGUGAUGGGAAAUAUCUGAUGUAUCCCUUCUCAGUAACAGGAGAAGACUCUAACAAUGAUGAAUUUUCAUCAUGCAGUAAAACAUAUAUCAAUGCUGUUCUGAAAAAUAAAGCUGGAACUUGUUUUAAUGAGGACACAUCAGAAGCACCUUGUGGGAAUGGUAGAGUAGAUUCAGGGGAGCAGUGUGAUGGAGGAUACCUGGGUAAAUUUGAUCUGGAUCCCUGUUGUACCACCAGUUGUCAAUUCAAAACAGGAUCAAUUUGCAGUCCAAGUAACGAUGCUUGUUGUACAACGUCUUGUCAAAUGGCAUCAGCAGGAGUGGUCUGUUCUAGUGAUGUACAGGAAACCUGCACAGCAGAGUCAGUGUGCACUGGCAGUAGUUUGAUUUGUCCACAAGGGGCUAACAAACCACUAGGAGCCUCCUGUCUAGAUGGUGGACAGUGUGAUGGAUUAGGAACUUGUAAAGCCUACUGUGAAGCCCAGGGUUUACAGUCAUGUGUCUGUGGUGACGUUGGUGAUUCCUGUAAAAGAUGCUGCAAAAGUGCUUCAACAACUUGUGCAGCGUUAAACCAGACAGCAUUCCAUCAAGAUGGACGACCAUGUACUGUGGGAUAUUGCAGACAGGGAACCUGUAUAAACUCUGACCCUAGCUACAUAUCCAGAUUCUUUGAUUUGAUUGAUCAAAUAAGCUUUGAUUUUAUUGCUGAAGCAUUUAAAACCAACAUGGUAGCAUUUAUACAGGUGUUCUCUCUACUUAUCUGGGUACCUCUCAGCUGUGUAGUUUGGUGUAGGGACAAAAGGAGUCAAAAAUGGUCUAGAAAUGAAUUAAACAUUCAGAAAAGAGCAAACAGAAAUUUGAUGGUUGACCAAGAUGGCCGUCCUAUCAAAAGACCUGCGAAGAAGCCUCGUUCUGAUAAUCCUUACCUGUCGAUGGAGCCGAGGUCACUCUCUGGAAGACCUUAUAGCAGUCGUUCUCCAAGCACCAAACCAGGGAAAUCUCAGAAAAAUAAGGUGAAACCCAACAGAAGAAGAAAAGAUGAAAACCAUUUAAACAUGUCAAGGGAUUUAGAUGGUGAUAGUGUAGCAUAAACUAGAGGGUUGAUAACAGAUGGUAAUAGUGUAGCGUAAACAGGGGGUUGAUUUUAAUUCAGAAGAGUUGAACCUAUAAUUAUCUUAGGAGCAAUUUAUGGUACUGUAAAACCUGAUAUGAAUCACCCUUAUUUUACCAAAAACCAGUUUUUUGUCAGGGUGCCAGCUGUAGUUAUACCUAUGCAUUUUGAAUCUCAUCUCAGUACCCACCUCUUUUCUAAGGUCGCUAUUCUGGGGUACUGAGAGGUUGUCCUUUAUAAAGAAGUUGGACUUUAUUGUAGAUUUUUUUCCCAUCAGUAGAUAUUUUAUUAUGCAACUUUGAUUAAGUUGGAAUUAAGACAGAUAAUGUUUCCAUUAAUUCCAGAGUUAUUGCCCCUGAUUUUCUCAUGAUAUAUAAUUUGAGGUCUCUUGAUUGAAUUGAUAAGGUGUAUUGAGAUCUCUGGAAUCAAGAACAUCCCACUUUAGUUUAAACAUAGUAGGCAUGGUGGAAUUAUACAGUAGAACGUUAAUUCAUUGAAUUAAUUAGCAGUUGAUAUUGUGUUAAGAGAUUUUUAGAUAUGGUCUAAUUGCAAUAUUUUGCAUUUUUAUUUUCAUAUUUCAUAUACAACUAAGCCUUAUGUUGUUUCUUUUGAAAUUAAAUAAAAAAAAAUAAUCAGCCUUAGAUAUAUAAGAACAGGAACAUUGAAUACUUCUUAGGGCAUUUCUAAUUUUUUGACAUUAGGGUUAAACUUUUUUUUUAAAUAUCAUAGUAUUUACCACAAUUUCAAUAUGAUGGCAUUUGAAUAUAUGCUAGUUUUGUACUUCUUUACCAAUCAUAUUAAUUCAUUGAUUUUUUUGUAAUAAAUUUAGUUGAAAGUGGAGUAUUUUAAAAUAACUACAAUGCAAGGGACAUAACUCUAAAUAAUUGUUUUUUUUGUAUUUCAAAACUUUGUAUGCAAAUUUACCUAGGACUGUUGAAGCAGACAUUGAUUAAGAUAAAAUUGAGAAUGGAAAUGGAAUUAAGAGUUUGUUUGACACCAAUUUUGUUAAGUCAAUCAAUUAUCCAAAUUAAUUAGCUAAAUUUAAAUUUGCUGACAAAAUUUAUUUUUAUUUACUUCAUUGCUUAAUAGUGCUAUAUUUGUAUGCCAACUUAUUUGGAAACUUUGGUAUUCAGUUAUACCUUUUUUGUUCUGAAUACUAUUUCAAAUUGCAAUUGAUAUUCUCUGGUUGUGCUGGCAUUUAAUGUUUUGUUUUUGUACUUGAACCAGGUAUUGUUACAUAAUUAUAGAAUUUGUGGUUUUUUUUCUAGUUUAUCAAAUCAAUAUAUUAAAUGGAGUAAAAGCGCAUGGUCCACUUGAAGUAAAAGUUUAUGACAGCCCAUAGAAUAGCAAACAUUUAAGCCAGAAGUAGUUUUUCUUUUUUAUUUUGCUGUACAUUUGUCAGAGGCUAUUUAUAUAGUAAUGUGUGAUUUUUUGU